AUGGAUAAAAAAACCAAUAAAAAUGACUGUCCAGAAAACAACAGUAAGCGAUGGCAAAAGUUAUUGGAUGAAUGGAAAGAACUACCAGAAAUAGAAAAAAAUGCCCUUUUUACUGCCUACGAAAAUGACAAAACUAAUAAACUUGAAGAAAGUGAAAAAAAAAUCAAAUUAACAAAAGAAGAUGUUGAUAAGAUAAAAAAGCUUUUAAAAGAGAGAAGUAUUGUAAAUACAAGGGAUAUAUCCACUAAACCUAAUAAUCAAAAAAAAGAAAAAUUAUUUAAUGAGAAAAUUAUUUAUUAUGAAUAUAAAAAAUAUUGUGAAAUUGAAAAAGAAUAUCUAACUAAUCUUUUAAAUGUAAUGAGAAAUUUCAAAGAACAUAAAACUACUAUCUCUUCUAUUGAUGGCGAUUUUAAAGAUAUUUCAAAUGACUCUAUUAGUUAUAUGAAGGAAAAGUUCAGGGAAAUUAUAAAAAACAAGGCAUCAACAUCUACAAAUUUUACAUAUUAUUCUCUACGACUAUUAUCAGCUUUAGAAGCAUACAAAAAAUUAGAUUUUGUUGAUGAUAAUUUAGAAAAAAUUAUAUCAUUUAUUAAAGGAAAUUUUUAG